GACCAAAAACCUACUCUGUGGAAAUUUGUGGAUUGAAUUCCUUCUCACAAAACACAGCGAUCACAAAAGGAGCAACUGGGCGCAAAUAAUGGCACUGUGCGCAUGCAGCCAGCGAGUCCGCGCAUGCGCAGUGCGCUCUCACUGCGGAGAGGGGGUCAGUGACAGACGCAGCGCUGCUGAGCGACCGGACAAACAUGAGCUCCGCCGAAUCUCGCACAGAAUGACGCUCUCCUCCUGAAUCCCGUCAGCGCACAGAUGGACGACGAGCGCAAGCAGCACAAGUUCAUCUCGUUCCUCUUCUAUCAGGCGGUGCGAGACCUGAAGCCCGUGUGGAUGCUCGAGGACAUGCGCACCAUGGAGACGUUUUACUGGGAGGAGGACGCCAAGCAGAGGACGUACAGCCCGUCCGAGGCGCUGCUCUACGCGAUCGUGCACGACCACCGGGCGUACGCGCAGUUCCUGCUCAGCCAGUAUGCGCACGAGGCGCUGGCGAUGCCCGGGGAACGCUUCUGCUGCUGCCCGUCCUCCGCGCCGCACCUGGCCAUGGCCGUGCGCUACGACCGGAGGGACAUCCUGGGACACAUUCUGCAGGUGGCGCAUCGGCAGCCGGGCCUGCGCUCCUACAUGAACCGCGGAGGAUGCUUCCACCUGGAGGACGGAAAGACCCCGCUGCACUUGGCCUGCGAGCUGCUGCGCGCGGACGCCGUCAUCCUGCUGCUAGGCAACGGCGCGUCCCCGCAGGCCGUGGACCACAACGACAUGACGCCGCUCGACGUCAUUCUCCAGCAGCUGUGGGACUCCAAGGUGAACGUGGGGGCCAAGAAGACCUGCUUGGAGAACCUGCUGAUGUUCAUGCCGGAGAUGCGCUUCAAGAUGAAGAGCUCCCUGCGCAAGGAGCCCGAGCGCUGGUCCCAGGUGCUGGGGGAGGACAAGCUGAACUACCUCAUCGGGAGAGACCCCGCGCCGCUCUUCCUCAUCUCCAUGCAGAGGAUCCUCGCGCAGCUGCCCCCCGAGCAGUUCCCCAAGAGCCUGGACCAGCUGCCCAUCCCCGCCUCCCUCAAACCCCUGCCCAGACCCCCCCGACAGAGCAGCCACCUCAGAGUGACCUAGUGUGUGUGUGUGUGUGUGUGAGAGAGAGAGAGAGAGAGAGAGAGAGAGAGUGUGUGUGUGUGUGUGUGUGUGUGAGAGAGAGAGAGAGUGUGUGUGUGUGUGUGAGAGAGAGAGAGAGAGUGUGUGUGUGUGUGUGUGAGAGAGAGAGAGAGUGUGUGUGUGUGUGUGUGUGUGUGCGUGUGUGUGAGAGUGAGAGAGAGAGAGAGAGAGAGUGUGUGUGUGUGUGUGUGUGUGUGCGUGUGUGUGAGAGUGAGAGAGAGAGAGAGAGAGAGUGUGUGGCAUGAAGUGUGCAGUGGACGCACAAGAGCGUUGUGUUCAUGAUCAUUAUCGUCUCCCUGUUUGUUGUCUUACUCUCGUUUUAAGUACAUCAUGUUUAUGAAUUCAAAUCGAUCGUGUUGAUUUGAACACUUUUCUACCUGAGAUAUGCAAACUCUUGUAUGAGUUGAAUGAGAUGUAUUUGUGGAAGCUGUGUGGCUGUUUACCUCAUGGAGCUCAGCUGCUGAUCUGAGAGCAGUGGAGGGACUCAUUAAAGCGGUCAGUGACUGUCCUGCUCAGGAUCUCAGAACCAGAGGAACUGUGCUGCGCUCAUCCAAAACUAAUAAAAGCAUGGGAGUUUGUUUGACUUUUCAAAUAAAAACAUCAUUAUUAAUAUCUGACAACACUGCUGUCUUCAGAAUAUGAUUAUCAAAUUUGUAUUAUUGUAUUUGUUUGAUUAUGGGAUAAUAUCUGAGGCUAGUGCACCUUUCUCCAGGAUUCAAAAUAUCUUCAGCACUCAGUAUAUAGUGGUACAGUAUAUAACAGAAAGAAAUUACACGUUAAAGUCUCCAAUACACGUUGAUUUUAGUAUUAUUUUGGCAUCUUUAAUGCUAUAUUUCAUCUGGUUUGGCUUGUAAAAAAAUAGUUCAGCAUCCCUUAAAGCACAAGCCGUGUGGAGGAUAAUGAACAUUUGGUGAUGUGAUCAGAUGACUGACAUCAUAAUAAAUCUUAAAUAAUGUUAAAUAAACCCCUGUUUUGACUCUAUCCACGCUGCCAUGUCAAAGUCCUUUAACCCAUUCAGAAACAGCACAGCUGAUUAUGUUGGUUUAAUUUAGGUAAGUGUGUGUUAACAGAGAAAUGACUGAUGUUCUGUGAAAUAUCAUGUUUGUGUCAAUAACAGAUAAGAUCAAAGGGAACAUUACAAAAAGUCAUUAUGUAUCAUCCAUCGUAUGGUGAACUUUUUGUAUCAGUUUUCUGUAGAUAUUCUGUUGUUUUUGAGAGUCUUUUUCUGUGAUCAUCACUGGUACAUGCGUUGGUCAGAAUGUCUUAAACAUGGGAUGAUGAUAACGGUGUUUCCCUCACCACGAGCCCUGAUGUGUGGAGAUACAGCACUCUGUCCUCACACGGACUGAAGGAGAAGGGUUCAUCAGGUGCUGACUCUCUCAUCACUUCACCCCUGAGCCGCUCGGUCCAGUGACUGUCUCUGUUUGAUGGAGUUAGACCCAGGCGUUUAUCUGCAGAUAGCUCUAUUGUUUGCAUUUUAGGGUUAAAGGAAACGUUCAGAAACUAAACAGUUAAUUUAUUUUUAUGAAUAUGUUAUCUGCAUUUUCUCUUUUGAUUUAUUUAGGACACAUCCUGGGGGUUUUGAAAUGGUAUUAGAUGUGGAGUUUAUGUUUUGUCUACACAUCACAAUAUGUCACAGAAAUCUGAGACGAACAAAAAAGUCCCACAUUAGGACAAUUAACCCUAUUUAUUUAUUUAUUUAUUUAUUUAUAUACUUUUCAGGUUGUAAAUGAGAAAACUUUUGCAAAAUUGGUCUUCUCAUCUUUGGUGUGAACCAUUCACAUGUUUUAUAUGAAUUAAAGCUUGCAGUAGGUAA